CAGUCCCGGGGGUAGGUCUCCCUGGGAGAGUAGCUGCUCGAGCGCCCGGGAACCAACGACGGGGCAGGCGACUGCAUGGUGGCGGAGAGUAGCGUCCGGCGGCGAGUUUCCCAAGAAAGCUGAACUCUUCCCAAGUUUCUUGUGCAUCAGCUCGCACCCAGCGAAGCGGCGGUGGCUCUUUCCGUGCGGGUUGUCUAUGCGCGCUGGACAGACACGGUGGGGGUUGGAGUGACUCUGCCGGGGUCAGCACCGAUUCUCCCGGGCGCAACGCGGUGGGCGCAGCUUCUCGAGAGAAAGGCGGACUAGCUGGGCGCUAUUCCGCGCGGGGCUGACCCCCAAGACUCCGUAAUGGACAGCGAAAGCGAAGUGGAUUUUGCCAGCAACAGUUUAACCCCGUUGUGGCGGAGGCGGUCGACCCCCCAACCCCCGCUGCUGGGCCGGAGCAAGCCAAGGCCUCAGUCCUACCAGAGCCCCAGCGGGUUGCUGAUCACGGAUUUCCCUGUGGAGGACCGGAGCGCGCCCCAGAGGCCGCAGACUCCCGCCCAGCUGCCUGCCGCUUCCGACGGCAGCACAGUCCAGGGGAGUCCCCAGCUGCUGUGCCUCCAUCGCAGGGAAGUAACCAAUGGGAGGAUGGUAUCCCCAGAUUACAGGGCUGUUUCUCCCGGGCUCCGACGACCCAAGUGUCCCCAGGUCUCCAAAGCGGUUCCAGGCGGCCCCUCGAACUCUCCAGCGAAUGGCACCGUAAAGUCGCCUGCACAUCAACCGAUUUGCCUCCCGCGGACUCCACAGGCGUCAGCCCCUACCAGUCCAGAGGGGGACCCGACGCGUGUGACUGCCAACCCCCAGCCCUCGCCGACGCCAAACGGCCUUACCCCCAAUACCUAUGCUCCGGUCUCUGUUUUGCAAUCCGGCCAGACAGCUAAGGAUUCUGAGAAGGCUCUCUUGAGACUGUCUCCUGCACCGCAGAAAAGAUCUUCAGAACAAAAACUCCCACUCCAAAGGUUACCCUCCCAGGAGAACCAGCUCCCAGACACUCCCUCCGUGGUCCUGAGCACAAAUAGCCUUGCCGCCCUCAAAGUGGGCAAACAGCAAAUCAUUCCCAAGAGCCUGGCUUCGGAAAUUAAAUUAAGUAAAAACAGUCAGAAUUCGGAGCCCCAUAAGAGACUGCAAAAGGCACGCAGCAUGGUGGAGGGCCUCGGGGUGCCCCUGGGCUCUCCAGAGGACGAAGGUGAAGUCGACAAUGAGGUGGACAGUCCGGGCUCUCUACGGAGAGGCUUGCGCUCCACGUCCUAUCGUAGGGCUGUGGUCAGUGGCUUUGAUUUUGACAGCCCUACCACCUCCAAGAAGAAGAACAGAAUGUCGCAGCCUAUUCUGAAAGUAGUAAUGGAAGACCGGGAGAAGUUUUCCAGCCUGGGUAGAUUAAAGAAAAAAAUGCUGAAAGAACAAGGAACAUUUGAUGGGGAAGAAAACGCUGUCUUGUAUCAGAACUACAAAGAAAAGGCCCUUGACAUUGACUCUGAUGAAGAGUCAGAGCCCAAGGAGCAGAAGUCAGAUGAAAAAAUAGUGAUUCACCAUAAGCCACUGAGAUCCACAUGGAGUCAGCUCUCUGCAGUGAAAAAAAAUGGAUUAUCUCAGAUAGUUAGCCAAGAAGAAAGAAAGAGACAAGAGGCUAUCUUUGAAGUCAUAUCCUCUGAGCAUUCAUAUUUACUCAGCUUGGAGAUCUUGAUACGUAUGUUUAAAAAUUCUAAAGAACUGAGUGAUACGAUGACCAAAACAGAGAGUCACCAUCUUUUUUCCAAUAUUACUGACGUCUGUGAGGCAAGCAAAAAAUUCUUUACAGAGUUGGAAGCAAGGCAUCAGAAUAAUAUCUUCAUAGAUGACAUAAGUGAUAUUGUGGAAAAACAUACAGCAUCCACGUUUGACCCAUAUGUGAAGUACUGCACAAAUGAAGUCUACCAACAGCGAACACUGCAAAAAUUGUUAGCCACGAAUCCAUCUUUUAAGGAAGUCUUGUCCCGAAUCGAGUCCCACGAAGACUGUAGGAACUUACCCAUGAUUUCUUUUCUCAUUCUCCCCAUGCAGAGGGUGACCCGCCUUCCCCUGCUGAUGGACACUAUCUGUCAAAAAACACCCAAGGACUCUCCAAAGUAUGAGGUCUGCAAACGGGCCUUCAAAGAAGUAAGCAAGCUGGUUCGACUGUGCAAUGAAGGGGCCCGAAAAAUGGAAAGGACCGAAAUGAUGUACACAAUUAACUCCCAGCUGGAAUUUAAAAUAAAGCCUUUUCCUCUAGUCUCCUCUUCACGGUGGUUGGUCAAGAGAGGUGAGCUAACAGCCUAUGUGGAAGACACGGUCCUAUUCUCCAGAAGGACGUCCAAGCAGCAAGUCUACUUCUUUCUCUUUAAUGAUGUGCUCAUUAUUACAAAGAAGAAGAGUGAGGAAAGUUACAACGUCAAUGAUUAUUCCUUAAGAGAUCAACUAUUGGUGGAAUCUUGUGACAAUGAAGAGCUCACUUCUUCUCCAGGGAAGAACAGCUCCACGAUGCUUUACUCCAGGCAGAGUUCUGCCAACCACCUCUUCACUCUGACGGUUCUGAGUAACCACGCGAAUGACAAAGUGGAGAUGCUGCUUGGGGCUGAGACACAGAGCGAGCGAGCCCGCUGGAUCACUGCCCUGGGACACAGCAGCGGGAAGCAGCCCCCUGAGCGAACCUCACUGACCCAGGUAGAAAUCAUUAGAUCGUUUACUGCCAAGCAGCCGGACGAACUCUCCCUGCAGGUAGCAGAUGUGGUCCUCAUCUAUCAAUGUGUCAGCGACGGUUGGUAUGAAGGGGAACGACUACGAGAUGGAGAAAGGGGCUGGUUUCCUAUGGAAUGUGCCAAGGAAAUAACAUGUCAAGCUACAAUUGAUAAGAAUGUGGAGAGAAUGGGACGUUUGCUAGGACUGGAGACUAAUGUGUAGCGUGAUGGCCUCUUAUUACUGCGAGAUUUGCACUAUGUCAUGGUGGACUGGUUGGUUCUGGGCUGGUUUUGUCAUGUUCUCAACACAGCCGAGGUAAAGUUACAAGAAUGAAAACACUUGCCUUAAGCUUGCCAGGUGGUUAUUAAGCUCUCUCAGGAGAACAACUGCUAGAUUCAGUUCACACACCUCAGUUUGUAAACAAUGAUCCACUUACAAACCUCUUCAAGUUCACAGAAUAGCUAAGCUGUUCAGUCAGAAAUCAGGUUACCAUUAUGCUCUUGGUACCCUCAUGUUCUGGAAGAAACAGUGAUGCUGUCUGUGACUUGGUUUUCACUAUUUUCACUUAACCAGGAGCUUUGCUAUCUCUUCUUAUAUCUUCUUUCUGUGGUUCUCUCAGUAUUAGCAAGUGUUUGUGUCCUGAAAUACCCAGUUUUGUAAAUAUUUUUCCUGCCUCUUUAAAUUUAGAUCUGAUUUCUAAUGCUUUGUUGAUUUUGAAAGGAACUGGUAGAAUUCAGAAAGUGAGCUGGUAAGAUUUUCUGAAGCUCUUCCGAGCAAAGGGAUAUUGACACUUGAAUAGUUACCAUCUCCUUCCACGUUAGAAGGAAAUUAGACACAGGUUUGGUUUGGUUUUAAAGACGUCUCACCCAAUAUUGUUCUUAGAUAAAUAUAGCCUAAUUAAAAUUAGUAACUAGUCUAAAUGACAUGGUUCAGACAUUUGAAAGUAUUCUAAAUAUAGGCAUACUUUUUUUAUAUAUAUAUUCCCAAAUGAACUGAUUGACGUGAGGCUACUCUGCCUUCAAUGAUGAAAGGUUUUGACUGUUCCUACUCUCAUUUCCAAACAAGAAAUUGGCUGCAAAAUCUUUAAAAACUCUGAAAGUAAAAUUAGUCUCUAGCAGUCAUUAAGAAUCCAGUAUGGUACCUAAUUGAAACAACAUUUUGACCUAAAUGGAAACUCUAUUUGGACUAAAGCCUUGCUUGCUUGAUUUGGAGCCUCUUAAUAGUUAAUCUCUGUUGACCAACAUUUUGUUAGUACAUUUCAUGAAGAGCAAAGGAGACAGACCUUGGAAGUCUGAGGGAAGAAGUGAUUUUACUGGCAGCUGUUUCCUCAACACUAUUCUCUUCCACAAAGGGAUUAAACUAGCAAUGGCUAUAUUAUUCAAGGGCUCUGAUCUCUGAGACAUUCCCGAUUACUGUCACCCCAAAUCGUGCAGGAGGUAUGCUUGGCCCACAGGCCCUGCACCCUGCCACCAAAGCACUGAGCUGUCACAUGGCACCUGGCCCUGCCAGUCCGUGUUGCUCUCUCAUGUCUAUGCAUACCUUUCUGGUGUAGAAGACACAACAGGCCCUGAGUUCCUUGAGGAAGGCCUGGGUCAUUCAGUCAGUGAAAUAAUAGCUGUGGACCAGAGCAAGAGAAGUCUCAACCUCUUUAAUGUCAUGGAUUUUUUAGUGGAAAGGCUAACGUGAUAUAAUGUAAUACCAUAUUUUCACUUAGGAAAGGAAAAUGUGUUGCUAGCAAAGGGAUAGUUUGGUAUUAUUUUAUUAAUACCCAGUUGAAGCUAAAAAGCAACUGUACAAAUUCUGUAAAUUAAUUUAUGAGUAGACAUUAAACAGUUUUGGAAAUAGGUUCAUCAAAUAAAACCAAAACUUUAGCAUAUGGUUAGUACUGUUAUUAAAUGUUUUACAGCAGGCGUUUAACACUUACAAUGUUUAAUUUCAUCUGUGUAUUGUUUUUAUAUGACACAGGAUUGUUUUCAAACCUAGCUGGGUUUCAUGAAGUUUCUCUGAAUUGUACAAUGACUCUAAUUCAGUAACCUGUGGAGAACAAAAAUAUUCAUUUUUGUCCCAAUGAAUUGAGACUGCUUGUACACUUUUGGCGAAACGUGAAUUUAUAAAGAUUUUGUAUAACUUGUUCUGUUGUGCUGGUGUGAUUAAUUUAUGAAGUUUUGUCCAAAAGGUAUCUUUAAGUCAAUCUUAUUUUCAAACUUCUUUACUGGCUCUGGAUUAUGGUGGACUAUGAAUCUAGUGUCCCUCUCAUGAGUGGACAUAAAAUUACAGUCAAUGUCAGUUAUUGAGGAUCCAGGUAUGUUGUACAUAAAUGUCUUUUAAGAAGGUAUUUCCUCUCAGAAAAUGUCUAUUUGUACACAGCAGUGCUUGGAAGUUGCUGAAGCCAUAACCCAUGGCCUGUCAUAUCCCAGGUUAGGGAACCAGUUAGACUACAUCCUAUUGCAGGCUGCUUUGCGUCCUUUGUCCUGGUGUGACUAUUGGGUUGUCAGAAAAGUCCUGACAUAUUUUUACUUUUCCAGUAAUCCAGUAUUAAAAACGCUGCUUUCACUCUUAAAGUUCUGUUUUCACUGCCUU